AUGCCAACCCCAGAGGACGUUCCGAUGGAAGACCAUGAUAAUGUGAGAACAGCAGAAGGAUCUCAGGACGAAUCGACUACUCCAUCUCGCGAUGUGCUCAAAAACCUUCUUCGCGAAGUUGAGAUCGCUGACAUGGUAGAGAAUGCGAUAUGGUAUUUGAUUGCUCAGAAAUGGUGGAAUGCUCUUCUAAAAGCAAUCCGGGAUGGAUUUGUUGAUGAUGUCGGACCAAUCGACAAUUCGCAAAUAUCGGAAUGCCGUCAAGGGGUAUUCUACCUGAAACAACGACUCGCCGAACAAAUCGACUACACUGCUGUCCCCGAGCAUUUGUUCAAACGACUUGUCAGUUUCUAUGGCGUAGAAGAUGAACGCCGUGACUACAUCCGUCGUACUGUUAUCAAAAAGAAUGGCCAGCUUUCAGUUGAAGUCUACCCACGAAUCGUUCAUAUCGCUCUUGCAAGAAAUAGAGAUAUCAAAGCGGACUUGGUGUUGAAGCCGGAAGACACCAUGAUUUCCUUGCGAGAACGAGCUAUAAUGGAGCUCUCCCUCAACGAAAGUGACAAAAUUCGUUUCUAUGUGAUGAACGACGAAACCCCCGAGCUCAUUGAUACUUCGCAGUCGAUUGAUAGUUAUUUCGAUACUGUUCAAAAGGUUUUAGUCGACGUUGAAGAACAAGGAGAGUUUUUCUACAAAGCCCAGAACCCAGUACAACAACAGCCGAAAUUAUCAUUCGCAAGUCAAUCGUCUUCGUCAGAAUUGGAUUCUGAUGGUGAUAUCGAUGGCGAGUAUACUAUACGACUGCCCAAACCACAUUCCCGUAAGCGUACCCGCCAGUUUUCAACGUCCACUAUGUCAUCUGCCACUUCUCGAGUCCUUAUGCCUUUAUGGGUUGUAUGGAUGGGUUUUCGUGAAGUCUGGUGGGGGUUCAGUCAAAUCUGGCCAGAUGGAUUACGACAAGUUGUUGCGUUUUUAUUUGGAUGGUCAAUUUUUCAACCUCCUAAUUAUUUUGCAAGACUCGGAAGCAACGGAAAUGGCUUAUCGAACGCUUACAGCGCUCAAUCUUCUUCCACUGGCAUUGCCAAUCGAACAACUCCCGGCGCAUGCGGACUUUCUAAUCUCGGAAAUACAUGCUUCAUGGCUUCAGCAUUCCAGUGUUUGAGCAACAUGCCACCACUUCGUGAUUACUUCUUGAAUGGUUCAUAUCUGUCCGAUCUUAACGUAGAGAAUCCGCUUGGAACACAUGGACAUCUGGCUGCGGCUGUUGGAGAUCUCAUGAAAGGAAUGUGGAGUGGAGAAUUUGCUUCCAUAAAUCCUCGCAAAUUCAAGGGAAUAAUUGGUCAGUUCGCUCCACGAUUCAACGGUUAUUCGCAACAAGAUGCUCAUGAACUCAUGGCUUACGUUCUCGAUGGACUUCAUGAAGACUUGAACCGUAUAAAGAAGAAACCAUACAUUGAGGACAGUGAUGAGGACGCAAAGCUUCCUGAAGCAGAAUAUGCAGCCAAGUCUUGGGAAAUUUACAAGAUGCGAAAUGAUUCUAUCAUUGUGGACACUUUACAUGGACAGCUCAAGUCCACCUUGAUAUGCCCAGUUUGCGAGAAGAUCUCUAUCAAGUUUGAUCCAUUCGGAUACCUUUCUCUUCCUCUUCCAGCUAAAGAGCAAAUCGUGAAGCAAACCGUAAUCGUUAUGUUUUUGAAUCGCAAGUGGGCCAAGUUCUCUUUGGGAAUCACUGAUACCACAAAUGUGGAGGAAGCCGAGAGAUUGAUGUUAGACAAGUUGCAGCCGGAGAAGCAGCAUCACUUUGUCUUCUUCCAUGUCCCAAGUCAAUACCAUGACGAGGUCACGAUUUUGCGACCAAGUGAUAAAGUUCGAAUUCAAGGACGUGAAGUCUAUGUUGCUGAAGUUGAAUAUGAUUUGAAUGUUAGAGGAACACGUAUUUUCGUUGCUUAUAAUCGUAUCAAAUUGCUUCGUCCGGCUUCUCUUCCAAUGGUCUACUCUCUUCCACCAAAUCAACCAUUGACUCGUGACUAUCUAAAUGAGAAUGUUUUUAAAACAACCAAACGAUUCUUCGUCAACCAGAAAAAUAUCAUGGAACUCGAUGAUGAUUCUAUGACCGGAAGCAACUCGACUGAGGAGCGAGAACCAUACAAACUUUUCGUCGCUGAUGCUGGAUCAACUACACCUCUUCCAAUUCCUCCAACAAAUGAUCCUAUACCGUUCCCGGAUGAAAAAUCGCAUGACAUCUACCGAAACUUUUUGCAAAUUACAUUCCAGUGGAAGGAUAGCAAGAUUUUCAACAACUACAAAGGAAGCGAAUUGAUAGAGCGUGAAAUGACAGUUUCAACUCGGCGGAAAGUCAUGUUGGAAGAAACUUUGGAAUGGUUCACGAAAAAAGAACAGUUAGGAGAACAAGAUUCGUGGUACUGUCCACAGUGCAAGAAACAUGAACGCGCAACGAAGCAGUUGGAUUUGUGGAAACUUCCAGAGAUUCUCAUUCUUCAUCUGAAACGUUUCCAAUACACAAAGUGGUCACGUGAGAAGUUGACAUGGGAGGUCGUGAUCCCAGUUCGAGGCCUCGAUUUGACAGACAAGGUCGCCAAUCCCAACCAUGAGAAAGCUAUAUAUGAUUUGAUUGCCGUUUCUCGUCACUAUGGAUCAUUGAGUGGAGGUCAUUACACUGCCAUAGGAUUCAACGACAAAGCUCAGAAGUGGUUCGAUUUCAACGACUCAUCCGCCAGCUCAACAUCCUCACCGACUGAGCCAUACGAGUCAUCCGAUCCAUACAUACUAGUUUACCGACGAAGAAAGUUGGACGCUAACGGAGAACCAAUUGAGCCUUUCGAGGAAACGGAUUCUGCCCAAAACGUCCGACCGAAACGAGGCGCUGCUCCUUCUAUGUCGUCAGCAACUACUUCGGGAGCUUCGUCAUCACGUCAUCAAAUUGAUGAAAACAUGGAGAUGGAGGAAGAUUGA